GCUAUCCGUUCAGUUUACCGAAGACCAUCACAGAAAUCUUACUAAAUUUUAGAACGACUCGUGCUUUGUAUAAGUGCAACGAAAUAUUUUCAUUUCAGUUUUAAAUUACAGCUCUGAAGAAUUCAUUACAAAAUGCAUUUAGUGAAAAAAAGUGCAACUUAUUUGGUGAUCUUUCUGGUUCUACUUGCUUUCUGUACACAGGAAUCUGAGGCGACCAGACGUGUGAUGCGCGGACGUAGGACACUGACACGCCGCUACUUUACUGGUAUGGCUAUACCCGGCUGGCUGCUAGCUGUCCUCAUAGGUAUUGGCGAACUCAUACUUGGCGGUGCGCUCUACUUGGUCAUGAAUCGUAUGAUACUUGCCAAGCCAGCGCAAGAGACCAACACGUAUACGCCAGCGAAGCAACAAGAAGUUUAAACAAAAAUAUCGAAUCCAAUGUUAAAAUAAUAAAAGUUCAGUAGCAAUAUUGAAAACUGUACCACAUACAUGAAUAUAUGGACACAAAACUCACAAAGCCAUAUGUGAAGACAAAAACUGUAAACUUAUAUGAAAAACAUCGCAGCCAAACGAGUGACUGAUGCAAACGACCUGAUAUAUUUCUAGUGCAUAUCUUUAGCAUUACAACAACACUAUUUUUUGUAAUUAAUAACAGAUAAUGACAAUAGCAAUAGUCAACCAAAUAUCCAUUACUACCGCAGCAAAGAAAGCUCUAGCUCAAGUGCACACAUUUCGAUUGCUUUUUCUUUUUUUACAAAAUCCUAAUAAAACAUCAUAUCCGCACUAAA